UCUUCGCCUACCUUUUUUAUCCUGACGACAUUCACACCCUUUCUUCUUUAUAUCAGUUCUCUCCAAUUCCCCUUUUCCACUCACAGAAAAAACCCUAAUUUCUCCCUCAAUUUUGAGAGCAAAAAUUUCUCUUGAUUUCUUGAAGAAUUUUCGCAAGUAAAUUAUGGCGUUGAGGCCUCUGGAUAAUGCUUUGCCGAUCGCUGCAGAAAGACCCAAAAAGCAAGCGAAGAUCGUCGCUCCAGCUCCGAAAGAAAAGCAAUUGCCGGAUCCUGGCGUCAAUGAUGAGAACACAGUGCCUUCAGACGCUUCGGUUGAUUAUGUUCCUUCUGAAAAGCUCGAAGCAUUUCAAGAUCCAGCUGCUAAGAUUCAGGAUCUGGUUGGAGGAUUGGAAUCGAAAGAUUGGUUGAAGGUUUGCGAGUCAUUGAAUGACGUACGGCGUUUCGCGAUCCAUCAUUCCCAUCUCUUGCUUCCAAUUCUGGACAAGCUGCUGCUAGUAAUUGUUAAGGGGAUGAAGAACCCUAGAAGUGCUCUCUGCAAAACUUCAAUAAUGGCUGCUGCGGACAUAUUCAAGGCCUUUGGUGGAAAGCUACUCGAAUCCACUUCCGAUGCUUUCAAUCAGUUGUUAUUACAGCUGCUGCUAAAAGCUUCCCAAGACAAGAAAUUCGUAUGCGAAGAAGCCGACAGGGCAUUAUCAACAAUGGUGAACUCCAUUGCCCCUCUUUCUUUGCUCGAUAAGCUCAGCUCUUAUGUUUCCCAUUCCAAUCUGAGAGUCAGAGCCAAAGCUGCAAUCUCCAUCUCCAACUGUGUCUCCAAAAUGGAUUUAAAAGGCAUGGAGGAAUUUGGAAUAGCGAAGUUGAUCAAAACAGCAUCGAAUCUAUUGAAUGACAAGCUACCCGGGGCAAGAGAGGCGGCGAGAGGGAUGGUUGUUUCGCUGUACGAGGCGACAACAGAGGGUGUGGAGGACAAGCAGGAGACAUGGCAGGGUUUUUGCCAGGCAAAUUUGGCAGCCAUUGAUGCUCAGGCCAUGGUCAAACUUGUGCAGUCUUCUUCUUAAUGUUUAGUUCUAGCUCUGUUGCUAGAAAUUUUCAGGAUAGUCUUCUCGAGGGUGGCGAGGUUUGUCUACUAAGAUAAGAUCAUGGUUACAUGAUUUUUUAACUAUGCCCAUAUUGGCAUGGCAUAUUGCUGCUUGGUUUUUCCUUUGCUGAAAAUUGGAGUUUGUACUUGUACCCUCCAAUAUAAUUAUUUCCUGAAGUAGAGAUCAUCACAUAAACAGCUUCAAUUUUGUGAA